AUGGAUUUAAAUGAUGGAAUUUUUUCUUCAACAAUCUUAAAUAAUAAUAAUUUUUCGUUAAACAGCAACAUCAUUAUUAAUAGUAAUUCUACAGACGAUACAAAUAGUAAUUGUAAUAAUAAUAACGAAACUAAAAAAAAUAAUAGUGAUAUAAAUAAUAGUAGUAUAUCGUUUAAUGAAUUUUUGUUAAAUAGUAAUAAUAAUACAUUAGUUAGCAACGAUAAUGAUUUUUUAAUUAAUAAUUCAGAAAACCCUUUAACCACUUUUAAAAACUAUAUUAGCAAUAAUUUAAUAAAUUAUAGUCAAAUUUAUUAUAAUAAUAAUAAUAACAAUAAUAAUUAUAAUUAUAAUAGUUCUAUAGAAACACCUGUAAAUAAUAAUAAUAAUAAUAAUAAUUUUUCAAUAGAUCCACCAAUUAUUCCAACCUCGUUUGCAUCAACUGCAAAUAUAAAACUACUAAAUUCUAAUCAAAUGUUUUUUUCAGAUAUCAAUGUAAAUGAUAAUAAUAGUAAUAUAGAUAAUUGUAAUAAUAGUAAUGACGAUGAUAAAACUAACAUCAAUAAUAAUAUAAACGAUUUAAAUGAAUUAAAUAACGAAGAAAUUGUUUUAUUUAAAGUUGAUGAUAGUAUUAAUAAUAUAAAUAGUGAUAUUGAUAGUGAUAGUAUUAAUAAUAAUAAUAAUAUUAACAAUAACAUUAAUAUUAAUAGUAAUAUUAAUAAUAAUAAUAAUAAUAAUUAUAACAAUAAUAAUAUUGAAAAUAUUGACAUUAAUAAAAAAAAUAAUAAAAAUAAUAAAAAAACAAAUUAUAAUAAUGAAGAAAAAAAUUUAUUUCCAUCUUAUUCACCAAAUAGUUUAUUAAAGAAUUCAGAUUAUUCUUUUAUGGUGACCCCAACCUAUUAUGCCGCGAAAAAGAAUCAAAAAAUUGGUGUAUUUUUAUAUAAAGCAGACAAUUUAAAUGUUUUAUUUAAAGAACAUCCAAGUUUAAAAUUCUCACUAAAACCUACUGCUCCAUAUUGGAUUCCAUCAUCGUUUACAAGAAAGGUUAAUAAAUUAAAUAUUGAAGAGUACGCGCCAAAUCAAUUCAAUUGUCUUGAGGCAGAGAUGAAGAAUGGUGAAGCUAUAUUUGGUCCAAUUCGUAUCAAGAAAACUGGUUUCUAUUUUUUAAACUGCUCUGUCGAGCUCCCACCAAUCCCGACUGCUGAACAAUUAGUUUUCAAAGAUUUUUCAUUCACUUUCAAGUUGUAUUUCUAUGGUUGCCCAACAAAAAUUAAAAAAGAUUCUAAAGAUCCAUCCUCAUCGCCUAAAGAAGAAAGUGAUGAUCCUCCUUCAUCGCCACCCUCUUUCAAAGAAUCACCACAAUCUCUUUCGUCUCCAUCGUCCUCAUCGCCAAAUAAAAAUCCAUCGUCAAUCAGUGAUAUUUAUUUUAGACCCAGGGAGUCUUUGUUCAAUUAUAUUUCCACUCUUCAAGAAACUGGUGCAAGAUGGUCCGAUUUAGAAAAUAUUUUAAGUUAUUACUCUGCCAAGUAUGAAAAUAAUCAUGAAAUUCUAUCAGAGCUUUUAAUCGAACAAUCAAUUGGUUUAACUUAUACCGGUGAUUUUAUACAUGCUCAUAAUUUAUUAGAUAAGGCAUUAGAACUAUCAUCCUCACCUGAAAAUUUAUUUAAAGUUAGUUAUUUAAAGUCAGCAAUUUUUAGAAUUCAAAAAAACUACUCUGCUUCAAAAUUAAAUUUGGACACAUGCGACUUUUUAUUUAAUAAAAUUAAAAUGGGAUCGCUUCAUAUUGGCCAAUACUAUUUCAAUAAAGCUGCCCAUGACUACGAUAUAUUGCUAAAUAAAAAGGUAAAGCCCAAUGAAUACACCCAACAAAGAGAUUUGGUAAUUGAAAAACUUCAACUUGCAUCUAACCAUUAUUCAAUUGAUUAUAAAAGUGCUACAUCAUCCACCCCAAACCCUAGAAGUAUAAAUGGUGCCUACAGAUCAAACAUUAGAAUUACCCAAGCUAUUUUAAGUACCCAAAAUCUAACUAUGCCUGAUAUAUUGCACGCCGAAGAAUAUUUAUUAAAAAUACCAAAUAUCAAAAACUAUUCGUUUACACAAAGAACACAAAUUCAUUUAUACUUUACAUGGGCAGAUUUGUGUUUAUCAAAGUCAUUUUUAUUAUUUGGUUCUAAUCAACAACAAUCAUUUAAUAUGCUAAAGAAAUCCCUUGGUUUUAUAAAUAAAUCAUCAGAGUCAUCCCAUCAACUAGGUUUUAAAAAUGAAAUUAAAUAUUGCCAAGAUCGUUACAUAAAGCUUUAUUCAUUGACCCCAAAGACCUUAAUUAAUAGUUUAAAUGGUUCAAAUUUAUUAUUAUCAAAUCAAAACUCCAAUUUAAAUCAUAGUUUUAAUUUAAAUAAUAUAAAUAAUAACAGUCAAAACAAUAGUAAUAAUAAUAACAAUAGUAAUAAUAAUAACAAUAGUAAUAAUAAUAACAAUAAUAAUACUAUUAACAAUAAUAACAAUAAUAAUAUUUAUAAUAAUGAUGACGAUUUUAUAAAAGGUAAUAGUUUAAUGGCCAAUAAUGUAAUUGGUUUUAAUAAUAGUUCAAAUGUAGUUAUAAGCGAUAUGAAUAAUCCUCAUAAUAUUUUAAAUAAUAUUUCAUUUAAUAACAAUGGUUUUGGUCUCAAUACAAAUGCACUUAAUAGCAACAACAGCAAUAUUAAUGCUUUAAACAACUAUCAGUUUGGCAAUACAAUACCCAGUAGUAGUAAUGGCAUUGGUUUUACCCACCAACAGUCACCACAAAUAUACCAGUUACCUUUAUCUCCACCACAACUACAACCACAACUACAAACACCCCUACAACUACAACCACAAAGUGAAAAUCAAAAUAUUUUAACAAAUUUAACAAAUAUUGAUAUUGCAAAUUUUAUUCAAGAGCUUUUAAAGAAGAAUCCAAAUAUUGAUAUGAAUCAAAUUCUUCAAAAUAUAAAUAAUAGUAAUAGUAAUAAUAGUAAUAGUAAUAAUAUAAAUAUGGGUACUAUGAACAAUAGUAACAUGGGUAAUAUUAAUUACAACUAUAUUAGCAACAACAACAACAACAUCAAUGGUAAUACUUAUAAUAAAAAUUUACCACAGUUAUUCAACAAUAACAACUCUGUAAAUAGUCCUAAUCAAAUUCAACAACAAAUUCAACAACAAAUUCAACAGCAAAUUCAACAACAAAUUCAACAACAAAUCCAGCAACAAAUCCAACAACAAAUCCAACAACAAAUUCAGCAACACAUUCAACCACAAAAUACUGUUUUGGCAAAUCAUUUAUUUGACCAACCAUCUUCCCUCGGUUUAAAUUAUAACUUUGGUAUUAACAGCGCCGGAAGUUUUAACAAUAUCAAUAGUAACACUAAUACCAAUACCAAUACCAAUACCAAUAAUAGUAGUAUUAAAAAUUUAAAUCAUUAUAACGACUUUAAUGAUUUAUUAGCUCUAGAUAGUUUAAAUCAAAAUAGUAAUCAAAAUAAUAGUUUUAAUUUAUAUCCAAAUAAUAAUGGUUUAAAUUCUUCCUCGGAUGAAAUUUAA